AUGAACGCUGCGACCAUCGCCGAGCCCUUCAGCUUGGCCGUGCGCCAGUAUAUUGAGCAGGACAUGGGUGGCGUGGGUCCCAAGCUCUACGCCGAGUGGACGGGCAAGACCUGUGCACGCAACGGCAUCCGCUACGAGCUGCGCGAAGUGCCCAAGGACGAGCUGCUGGAGGCUUUGGAGAAGGCCAACAAAGACUCGGAUGUGCACGGUAUUCUCGUGUACUACCCGUGCUUCGGCGCCUUCCCGAGCUUCUUCGGUGGCACCAUGGACGAUUUUUUGCGCGACAGCAUCAGCAUUAAGAAGGACGUGGAAGGACUGUGCCAACUCUACCGUGGCAACUUGUACCGUAACAUCCGCUACGUAGACGACGAGAAGACGCAAAAGUGCGUGCUGUUUUGCACACCUUUGGCAAUUGUCAAGAUCCUCGAACACCUUGGCGUUUACGACAAGACCAAGCCUACUGGCAACCACUUGUCAGGUGUUAACAUCACGGCUAUUAACCGUAGUGACAUUGUCGGCCGCCCAUUGGCUGCUAUGCUUGCGAAUGACGGCGCUGACGUGUACAGCGCCGACAUUGACUCGCUGUACCUAUUCCGUCGCGGUAAGCUCAUCCCGAGCGAAGAGACGCAGGAGACGGCGUGUAAGAAGUCUCGUGUCAUCAUUACUGGCGUCCCCGUUAAGAGCUACAAGCUGCCGCUUGAGUGGGUCAGCGAAAACACGGUCAUCAUCAACGUCGCGUCCUUCAAGAACGUGGACGAGGCCGAGCUGCUUUAG